CUUCGCGGCUCUGCGGCGGCGGCGGAGCUGGUGGAGGAAGUCCACGGCCUGCAGGGGCUCCCACUACCCCGGGAAGCCGCGACCCGGAGCCCGGGUGGCCCGGGACCUGAGGCGGCGGCGGCGGGAGCCCCGAUGCGGAUCGCCAUAUGAGACGGUUUAAGCGGAAGCAUCUUACAGCCAUUGAGUGCCAACAUCUCGCUCGGAGUCACUUGGCUGCGUCCCAGUCCUUUCAAAGAUGGACAAGCAGAGACCCGAACCACGGUCUCUAUCCUAGACCCAGAACCAAAAGAGGGGCCAGGGGUCGAGGAUGCCUGAGAUACAGCCUUGACUUCUUCCUCGCUGGCCAGCAGCAGUGCACCAAUGACAUGGCCAAAAGCAAUUCUGUGGGCCAGGGCAGCUCUGAGGACUCAGAGGAUGAAACGAUCUUCGCGGCAGGGAGCCCCUGUGCCCUGCCUCCAGGGGGAGACGGAGAAGCCAGGCUGCACUCGUCAGGGUCCACUUUGCCUGCAAGGAAGCGGUCUCGGUCCUUAGAGGAUGAGAGGAAUCCGGCCCCAGGGACCAGUCCGUGGGAUGGGGUGUCUAAGAAGACCCCAUGGCAUCACUCGUCCCCAUCAUGCACACGGCCCAGGGAAGCCAGGCCAGAAGCAGAGGUCGGGGUAGGGCAGCUCACUGUGCAGCCUGGAGAACCCGGCCAGGAGGCGGAGGACAUUGGUCCAGACCCUGUGCCUGACUCUCACUAUGGGCUCCUUGGGACCUUGCCCUGCCAGGAGCCCCUGAGCCACAUCUGCAGCCUGCCCAGCGAGGUCCUGAGGCACAUCUUUGCUUUCCUGCCCGUGGAAGACCUCUACUGGAACCUGAGCUUGGUGUGCCGCCUCUGGAGGGAGGUCAUCAGUGAUCCGCUGUUCAUUCCUUGGAAAAAGCUGUACCACCGAUACCUGAUGAAUGAAGAGCAAGCCGUCAGCAAGGUGGAUGGCAUCCUGUCGAGCUGCGGCAUAGAGAAGGAGUCGGACCUGUGUGUGCUGAACCUCAUUCGCUACACAGCCACCACGAAGUGCUCCCCGAGUGUGGACCCUGGACAGGCGUUGUGGAGUCUGAGGGAUCACCUCCUCCUCCCCGAGGCAGAGGCCUGCGUGCGCCAACACCUCCCUGACCUCUGUGCUGCCCCUGCCGGCGUAAAUGUGUGGGCCUUGGUGGCGGCCAUCGUCCUCCUGUCUAGCAGCGUCAGCGACAUCCAGCAGCUGCUCUUCUGCCUGCGGCGGCCCAGCUCCACUGUGACCGUGCCGGACGUCACUGAGACCCUGUACUGCAUCGCCGUGUUGCUCUACGCCAUGCGGGAGAAGGGGAUCAGCAUCAGCAACCGGAUUCACUACAACAUUUUCUAUUGCCUGUAUCUUCAGGAGAAUUCCUGUGCUCAGGCCUCAGGAGACAAAGAGGAACCGUCGGUCUGGCCGGGAAAGAAAACAACCAUCCAGCUGACACAUGAACAACAGCUGAUCCUAAGCCAUAAGAUGGAGCCUCUCCAGGUGGUGAAAAUAAUGGCAUUUGCAGGCACCGGGAAGACCUCCACGCUGGUCAAGUAUGCUGAGAAGUGGUCUCAGAGCAGGUUUCUAUACGUGACCUUCAACAAGAGUAUCGCCAAGCAGGCGGAGCGCGUCUUCCCCAGCAACGUCAUCUGCAAGACCUUCCACUCCAUGGCCUAUGGUCACAUCGGGCGCAAGUACCAGUUGAAGAAGAAGCUGAAUCUCUUCAAGUUAACCCCCUUCAUGGUCAACUCCGUCCUCACUGAAGGGAAGGGUGGCUUCAUCAGGGCCAAGCUCGUGUGCAAGACUCUGGAAAACUUCUUCGCCUCGGCCGACGAGGAGCUGACAAUCGACCAUGUACCCAUCUGGUGCAAAAACACCCAGGGGCAACGAGUCAUGGUGGAACAGAGUGAAAAGCUGAACGGAGUCCUUGAAGCGAGCCGGCUUUGGGACAACAUGCGGAAGUUGGGCGAGUGCAGGGAGGAGGCUUACCAUAUGACGCACGAUGGCUACUUGAAACUCUGGCAGCUCAGCAAGCCCCUGCUGGCCUCUUUUGAUGCCAUCUUUGUGGACGAGGCCCAGGACUGCACCCCAGCCAUCAUGAACAUCGUUCUGUCUCAGCCCUGUGGGAAGAUCUUCGUGGGAGACCCCCACCAGCAGAUCUACACCUUCCGCGGCGCCGUCAAUGCUCUGUUCACAGUCCCUCACACACACGUCUUCUAUCUCACACAGAGUUUCCGGUUCGGUGUAGAGAUAGCCUACGUGGGAGCUACCAUCUUGGAUGUCUGCAAGCGAGUGAGAAGGAAGACAUUGGUUGGAGGCAACCAUCAGAGCGGCAUCCGGGGUGACUCAAAGGGGCAGGUGGCUCUUCUGUCCCGCACCAACGCCAAUGUGUUUGACGAGGCCGUCCGGGUCACAGAGGGAGAGGUGCCUGCCCGGAUUCACCUGAUUGGGGGGAUUAAAUCAUUUGGAUUGGACAGAAUCAUUGAUAUUUGGACACUUCUCCAGCCAGAGGAAGAACGGAAGAAACGAAACCUCGUCAUUAAGGACAAGUUCAUCAGGAGGUGGGCACACAAAGAGGGCUUUAGCGGCUUCAAGCGGUACGUGACUGCGGCCGAGGACAAGGAGCUGGAAGCCAAGAUCGCAGUCGUGGAGAAGUACAACAUCCGCAUUCCAGAGCUGGUGGCGAGGAUAGAGCGGUGCCACAUAGAGGACUUGGACUUCGCAGAGCUGCACCCAGGCGAGAAAACCAGGGCAGCAUACACUUUUCUCCCCUCUGCUGUCUCCCCCUGCCUGCCCUGGCUGACGGUCGGCUGUGUUUCUGCUGCAGAGUACAUCUUGGGCACCGUGCACAAGGCCAAGGGCCUGGAGUUUGACACCGUGCAUGUCCUGGAUGAUUUUGUGAAAGUGCCCUGUGCCAGGCACAACCUUGCGCAGCUGCCCCACUUCAGAGUCGAGUCGUUUUCUGAGGAUGAGUGGAAUUUACUGUAUGUAGCAGUAACUCGUGCCAAAAAGCAGCUCAUCAUGACCAGAUCUCUGGAGAACAUUUUGACUUUGGCUGGGGAAUACUUCUUGCAGGCGGAGCUGACGAGUAACGUGCUGAAGACAGGCGUGGUGCGCUGCUGCGUGGGCCAGUGCAGCAACGCCAUCCCUGUGGACGCCGCGCUCACCAUGCGCAAGCUGCCCAUCACCUACAGCAACAGGAAGGAGAACAAGGGUGGGUACCUGUGCCACUCGUGUGUGGAGCAGCGCAUCGGGCCGCUGACCUUCCUGACUGCCUCCCCUGAGCAGGUGCGCGCCAUGGUCCGCACGGUGGAGAACGUCGUGCUGCCCCGGCACGAGGCCCUGCUCUUCCUUGUCUUCUGAGCGCUGGGAUGCCCGGGGGGCUCCUGCCCCUGCAGACAGUGGCGUGGGGGGCUCCCUCCCUGAGGCCAGAGUCGCUCACAGAGCAUUUUCCAAGGAUGAUGACGGCGGCCAGAGUUGGACCUGCUUUGUCUUCACCCCUGGAGGUAGCCAGACCCUGCUGCCCCUCCUCCACGUCAGUGGGCCAGGAACGCGGGGGAUGGUCUCUUGAUAAAAAAAAAAAAAAAAAAUUUAUGUAUUUAAACUUUUAUUACAAGGUCUCAAUUAAACAGGCAUUGUAGCACUGGCA